AUGGUUGCCCUCAGUUCAAUGCCGAACAUCAUCUUCAUGAUGGCUGAUGACCAUGCCGCCAAAGCCAUAUCAACUUACGGCGCUGGCAUCAAUCAUACGCCCAACAUCGAUCGCAUCGCGAAUGAAGGGGCUCGUUUUGAUCAUUGCUAUGUCACCAACUCAAUCUGUACGCCCAGUCGUGCUGCAAUAGUGACUGGCAUGCAUAGCCAUGCCAAUGGGGUCUUCACGUUGGACGAUACGCUUAACAACAAGAUGCCCAACGUAGCUAAGUCCAUGCGCAUGGGUGGCUACCAGACAGCGAUGAUCGGGAAGUGGCAUCUUGGUGAAGGCGAGGACCAUCAGCCUACAGGCUUCGACUACUACUCUGUUGUCCCUGGUCAAGGGGAUUAUUGGGAUCCUAUCUUCAUUGAUAACGGCAACGAGACUCAGUACAGCGGCUACGCUGUCGACAUUGUGACAGACAAAGCCGUUGAGUGGCUCGAACAGAGGAAUGAAUCGCAACCUUUCUUCCUCAUGUAUCAUCAAAAGGCCCCCCACAGAAGCUGGGAGUGGCAUCCAAGAUAUCAGGAUUACUACACCGAUCCAAUCAAGCUACCCGAUACGUUCACGGAUGAUUACAAGAACCGUGCCAACGCUGCGUCAGCAACAGAGAUGCGGGUUGCUGAUGAUAUGACAUACUUCGACCUGGGUCUUGUCCAACCUCAAGGAGGCCAGGAGAUUGGAGAACUCUUCUACCCUGGCGUGUCGACCGAACGCAAGGUUCCCAAUCCCAGCAAUAUCACGGCGCUCCAAGCACUUCGUCUCACCGACUCGACCACAGGCGAGGUCUUCAGAUUUCAGAACCAGACGGAAUUAGCAAACUUCAAGUUCCAGAGAUAUAUGCAGCGGUACCUGCGUGUGGUUCAAUCUGUCGAUGACAAUGUCGGUCGCAUGCUGGAUUGGCUUGAUCAAAAUGGUCUCACAAACAACACCUUGGUGAUGUACACUUCGGACCAGGGAAUGUUCCUCGGAGACCACGGCUGGUUUGACAAGCGUUUUAUCUACGAGGAAUCUUUUCAGAUGCCCUUGCUCACACGUUAUCCAGGGAAGAUCAAGGAAGGAAGUAUCAUCAAAGAUAUUGUCCAAAAUGUUGACUUUGCUGCAACAAUGUUGGAUAUCGCUGGACUCCAAGUGCCGAGUUACAUGCAAGGCCGAUCGUUCCGCAAAGUCCUUCAAGGAGAGACGCCUGAGGACUGGGACCAGCUGGCAUAUCACAGAUACUGGAUGCACCGAGACCCAAUCCAUAACGCAUAUGCACAUUAUGGCGUGAGAGAUACACGGUACAAACUGAUCUACUGGUAUAACGAGGGCUUUGGCCUCCCGGGUACCUCCCUUGGCGGCGAAGAAAAGCAGUGGGAGCUCUUUGAUACCCAGGAGGACCCCUUUGAGCUCUUUAACGUCUUUAGCGAGCCUGCAUAUUCAAGCGUCGUGUCAGAGAUGAUGAGGAAGUUGGAAAGGAAGAUGACUGACAUUGGUGAUGAGUGGGUACACGAUCCCGACAUUGCGGUCGCUUCGAACGCCACAGUCACGCCAUCCAUAGAAAUGAGACUCUAUGUGACAGACAAGAAGAUCCAAAGGUCAAUGGUCAUUUGCAACACAGUGGACGACUACCUUAGAGUCUUGAAUUCGACAAUUCCAUCUGCUCUUCUGGCUCUUUCCAAUAUUCGUCGAAGAUCUUUCAAUCUCGAAUUGAAACAUCGAGAUCGACAAGCCGGAAAGAUUUUGGUAGAAUUGCCCGAAGGCCUGUUCCACAGGCUCUACACAACGAUAGACAGCAUCGAAGCCGAGAUAACUCGAUGCCGACCACUCCACCAAGUUGACGAAAACCGCAUUGAAAAUUUGGAUUCUGAAAUUAAGGGCGAAAUGCAGAUGAAAGAUGAAGAAAACAAAUCUCAAGCUACCAUCAAUUCUACAACACGAUACAUCGACUCCAAGACUUUCAGUGGAGACGACACAAGCAACAAGGCGAGGCGAAGCAUACUCGACGCGCUUCAAGACGAAAUCAAAGCUAUUCAAUCUGUCGUAUACAUGCACAUGAAUAACUUCCUACCACAGGAGAAGCGUAAUACCAGCGACAUGGCGCGUUUCUCAGUUCUUCUAGAAGAGAUGGCAAUUUUAGAUAGGUUUCUCCAGCUUGCUCUGAGUCUUUACGUCCCGUCACAGGAUGUAGAUGGCCCUGCAAGUGUGCUCAAGGAGAGGCUCGGGGCUCUUCCGGCCCAACUCAACGCGUUGUUCAAUAUGGAGAUCCAAGAUGCAGUCAAGAAUGACAGGGAGAUCAACGAUCAGACCAUGAUGCGCAUGGUAGUGCAGAAUCAAAAGCGUACCGACGUCCUUCGACAUAUUUUACUGAUUGCUGACAAGAUCAUGCAUCUUACGCGGGCAACAUAG